AUGGCUUCCGGCAGCAAUGCGGUGCAGCUCACUUUCCUGACGACUGGGACCGUGCGAAUUCGCCCAUCGAUGCGCUCUCAGCCCCCUGCGGGAUACGCUCUGCUGCGCCGUCUCCGGUCGGUGUGUGACCGCGGGUGGACAGAAGCCAUCCCUGUCGGUGUGUUCCUUAUUCAUCACCCAGAAGGGGUCUUUCUCUUCGAUACAGGACAGUCGCCCUGCUGCAAUGACAGCGGCUACUUCCCUCGCACCGCGCUUUUUGGCAGUCUCUUGGCCCAAUUCACCAUCGAACGCGGCGACGGGAUUUUAGAUCAGCUGCAUCGGAAGGGGAUCAAGGCGACGGAUCUGAAGGGGGUCAUCCUAAGCCACCUCCACAAUGACCAUGCGGGCGGCCUGGAAGAGCUUGUGGCUGAAGCCCCGAACCUGCCGGUCUAUAUCAGUCGCGAGCACUGGGACGCGUUCGGGAAACACCCGCUAUAUGCAAGUUUCGAGGGCGCAACUCCGAACCACUGGCCAGACCCCUUUACGCCGAGGAUAGUAGACUUCCAGGACCGACCACUGGGACCGUGGGAGCAAUCCUACCCGUUGACAAGCGACGGCAGCCUUGCCAUCGUGGACACUUCAGGCCACGUGCCGGGCCACGUCGGGUUGGUGGUACACAGCCAGAGCGAAAACGACGGAAAGCCGGUUACUUACCUUCUACCUGGAGAUGCGACGUAUGGUAUCGAUGUUCUUGACAGAGAGGAACCGGACGGGAUCAACGACGACCCAAUGCGUGCACUGCAGACCUUGCGGGCGAUCAAAGAAUUUGCGCGACAGACCGACGUCGUUGUCCUCCCCAGCCACGACAACGACACUCCAAGACUGCUUGCUGAGCGAGUCGUCUAUCGGCCAGAUUCUGCAAACUCUGGCCGUUGA